AUGUGCCAGCUCCUGAUAUACGACCUCAUCUGCUGCCACUCCUCCCAAAAGUGGUCGUACUGCGCAGACUCCCAGGCCAGCGGCCGCAUCCCCUGCAAGCGCCAGACGUCCCGCGUCGUCUCCUACCCGACCCCGGCCGCCUUCGAGCCCGCCCCCCUCUGCCACCGGCCCGAGUGCCACUUCAACAGGCUCGACGGUGUCUGGAACUGCUGCUGGUGCGGCAAGACGCACAACACCACCGGCCGGUGCAGCGGCGCCAUGAUGUACUAUGAGUACACGACCUGCGAUCACAUAUGUUGUCCUUUUUGCAAGAGGGGGGAUCAGGGGUUAUAA